AUGUUGAGGAGGAGUUUUGGAUUUGGACUCGAGGAGAAUCAGGAUCACAGGGUUGAUGGCACUGAAGCCGCUCUGAAGAUGGCUUCGGACAGCUUGAUUUGGUGGAAGGAGGUGGAAUCUAAGACCAUCGAUAUGAUGGUCGAGUUGGAUUUCAGAAAAGAGCUCGAUGGGUGGAGAGAAAUGGAUGGAGAGCUGGUGGCGGAGGCUGCAAAAGAGAUUGAGCUCACCAUAUUUGGACUGUUGGUGGAGGAAUUGCUCCCCCCCACAUCCGCUGGCAAAGCUUACAGCCCCAAUGCGCACCACCACCAACGCCGCGGCGGCGCCGCUUCGCUCUACUCGCCGAAGCUCUCAAUUCUGCUCCUAGCCACCUGCGUUUCCCUCUUCAUCCUCUUCCACAUCCAGUCCCUCCAAACUUCUCCCCCCUCGCCAUCGCCAACUAAUUAUAAUUCGUGGGAAUUCAUGCACCAGUGGCGAGACGCCAUCAUCAACACCACCCACGCUUUUGGAGGCGACUGCACCCGGGAGCUCGCAGCCAUGGCCACCAAGCUCCGGCGAGCAGUCACGUUUCUCCCGCUGAAGGACCUGCGUUACGCCCAGUCCGCCCAGCAAGGCCACACGUGGUUCAUGAGCUCCAUGUUCGACAAGCAAGAAGAAGGUGACAUCCAUCUUCGCUUUUUGAACCUCUUCCGCCAUUACGGCUACUGUUUUCUUACCCAAAAAAUCUCAUAUCUAUUAGGUGAGGUCCAACACCAACACUUUCCGUCGGAGGCGUCGAACGGCCGGCUGCUCUGCAUCAAGGGCCACGACACCCACGACGGCGCGUGGAACACAUACGCCCUUGCAUGGCUGGAAACCCUGCCGGCCAAUGCCACUCUCAUGUCAGGCCUAACCUUCGUCUCCUACAACCACUACAGCUACGACAACAUCUGGCACGGCUUGUCCGCCAUGGUACCCUUCGUCGCCUGGCACAUCAAGAACCGCUGCUCAAGCCUCCCCGCCCGGUGGCUUCUCUACCACUGGGGCGAGCUCCGCACCGAGAUGUCCCCAUGGCUCCGAUCUCUCAUGGACGCCACCUUUGACGGCUCUGUAGAUACCGAAAACUUUGCCGAUGGUGACGAAGAGCGGCCCGCUUGCUUUGAGGAGGCCGUGGUGAUGAGGCACAAUGAAGGGGGAAUGUCCCGGCGGCGGAGGCUGGAAGUUUACGAUCUGAUGAGGUGCAAAGCUAGGGCUUACUGUAACGUAAGCGCGGCGGAGGGCGGUGGCAUCGGAGUGACGAUGUUCAUGAGGACGGGGCCGAGAUCGUUCAGAAAUGACUCGGCCGUCAUCGGGAUAUUCGACGGCGAGUGCCGGAAAGUGGAAGGUUGCCGGUUGACUGUUGCGUACUCCAAUAAUCUCACCUUCUGCGAACAGGUGAAGCUGAUGAGCUCGACAGACGUCCUGGUGUCCCCCCACGGAGCUCAAAUGACCAACAUGUUCCUCAUGGAGAGAAACAGCAGCGUGAUGGAGUUCUUCCCCAAGGGGUGGCUGAGGCUGGCCGGCGUCGGCCAGUACGUCUACCACUGGAUCGCCAGCUGGUCCGGAAUGAAACACGAGGGCGCCUGGCGGGACCCUAAUGGCGAUCCCUGCCCCUACAGGGAGGACGAUCGCCGCUGCAUGUCCGUCUACAAGAGUGGCAGAAUCGGACACAACAAGACAUUCCUUGCCCAGUGGGCUAGAAAUGUCUUGAAUCAAGUCGGGAUGAGAAAACUAGAGGAAGCUUCAACCAAUUCCCAAGUUGCUGCAUCUGCAGGUGGCUGCGCCUGUGGCUAA